GGCUUAAUUUGGCGUUUUAGAUUGUUAAAGUUUUACUCGUGAAACGUUGUAUCUUUCCGUUAUGUAACUAUUUUUGAAUUAAUUGCAGGCAAAUAAUAUUAGUUUUUCAAUUGUUAUUUCCUUAUUGGCUACAGGAAGCAAUACAUGUUUUGAAAAUAUUGAGAAUAUAACGUUGAGCAAACUGCUCCAGAAAGACCGAAGCACAGUAAAUGAGACGUUUUUAAUACUUUUGAUACGUUUAGAUAAUGAAUGCAGCCAUACUUUUCAAAAUUAUCGUUGUUUGGAAUUUAUGUGCAGAAUUGGUAGCUAUUAAUAAUUUGCAAUACGAAGACGGCAUCAGUGGUCAAAUAACAUCACCGGGCUACCCUGGGAACUAUCCCAACAAUGCCAAUUAUACAUGGAUAAUAAGGACCGGGAGCCACUUAGCAAUGGUCACCUUCAGAAUUAUUGAAAUGAAUAUCAGAGAAUGGAGGCCAUGUGAUGAUUAUUUGGAGAUAACGGAAAUUGAACCUUGUUGUUUUCGCCUUUUAAAACGAUGUGGUCAUUUGAAGAAUUACAAUCGUUAUGGACGAGGAAAGAAAAUUAGAGUAUCUUUUAUAUCAGACGAGAGUAUGACAGAAAAAGGAUUCGACCUCACAUGGAAAGUAACUCUACCACAAACAAAAGCCUUACCCACACAGAAAAUGUUGGCAACGACAAAAAAAUACAUGGUUAAAACAUCUAAGAAAAUGGACGCGAAAACUGCUGUAUUUCAGCAAAAGACCACAACUACUCCAUUUCAAGGUACUAGUACAGUGCUGGCUAAGAUUAAAUCAACACUUACGACGACAGAAAUAACUACAGCAGGCACAAUUACUAGUACAGUUCAGGCGAUAUUUACGUCACCAAUUGGAACAAAUGAAUACACUACAACUCUGAUACCGGAAUCCCCAUCAACUGCGAAGAAAUCAGGUAGAGCUACUAGCCCACCCAUAACUUCUGAGCAACUAUCAUCUCUCUCUAUACAGUAUUCAGAAACGAAGCGAACAACGCUCCAAACACGAUCGCGACCGCUGACAUUGUCAUCGACGACGAGAUCAUCUAGUGUUGAGUUGACAACAUUAAAUUUCAAUGAAACAACUGAGAAAGAAAACAAGAAUACAUUUGACAUACAAACAGUGUACCUGAUCAUUGGCUCAGUUGUUUUUGAGUUCUUUCUUUUGCUGGUUGCUUGUGUUAGCAUUUAUAGAUGUCGUAAUAAAAGCAGAUCUUUGCAAAAAAUCCAGUGUCAGGAAAAGAGGGAUGAAGGAACCCGCAGAUUUGUCAACGGCGCAUAUUGGAAAUCAGUUCACGUUUAUGACACUAUCCCCUUGGAUGCUGUCUGUGGAUUAGAAACAUGUCCAGAAGAGACCAAUGAAGAUAUUGAGGAGCAAUCAACAUUGUACGAUAAAUGUUGGAGGAAUGAGCACGAUAAAGCACAGCCAGCAAUGGACGAAGACAACAGAGACAAUGCGCACACCUAUGAAACCUGUGAGCGAUUCUAUUUUACUCUGCAAAAAACACAUCCGAGUACUCCGCCUGCUACACCUACGCCAAUUCAACGAGAUUCCACAAAAUUUUAUCACACUUUGGAUAAUUUAAGUUUACCAAAGUAAAAUACGUGCAUCAAUAUUACAAACAAAAUGUCUACAAGCGUUUUAUCGUUUUGUAGGAUGACAUUUUUGAAAGAUAUAAAAAUUGUGAUAUUUAUGUAGCAUUUAAGAGCAUGACGUCAACGUUUGAAAAAAAUAUAGACUUAAGUUUCACCAAAUCAAAUAGUUGACAUCAUCAAGCUACUAAUAUAUCUGAUUUUAUGCAUAAUGAAUGUCUAUGUACAUAUUUAUCCUCUAUCUUGUACACGCAUCGUUCUCUACAUACAUGUAUAUCGUUCUGUACGCCUCAGGGUUGCCAACCUUUUUAAUGCAAGUUAGAAUAUUUUAGAAAUACUUGCAAAUAUAGUAAAUUACUUAUCCUUCUUUUAUUUUAUAUGAAAUACAUCGUGCUUUUCAUUUUAAAAGUAUACUGUUCAUAUCCAGUAGGCCUUUAAGUCUUGGUGGAUCAAUUAGUAAGCAAAUAACCGUAAUUGGUUUCACUGUAAUAGAAUCAAUAAUCAUCGCGAAUCCCUUAUUUCCUAUGGUAAACUCUUCAGUCAAACACCAGUCAGCUUGUUACAUAAACAAACUGGAGUUACAUAUACCUCUCCGAACAGAAUGAUGUAAAUGUUUACAAUUCACUGUUAAUGUAUGCAUAUUUUUUCAUUUUGUGAUAAAGAGUCUUUAAAAUGUAUAAAAAUAAAAAUGAAAUAACAAAUGUAUAAACAACUUACUUAAAUGUAUUUUUUAAACCAGAAAAUCUUAUUCAACAAUUAAGAAUUUGUGCGACGAACUAUUAAUUUUAUUAUAGAAUUAUUUUAAGCUGAAUCUAGGAGGAAAUGAUAGUAUGGGCGAUCGUCUAUUUGAUGAAAAGAAAACUAGAUCUCGAUAUGAUUUAAAAAUGAUGCAAUUUCGUUUUAACCAAAGAUAAACAGAAGUUGAAUUUUAAACGCAGAAAAGAACCGCAAUUGUCAUACUUAGAGGAGAUGAUAACUGGGGCGAAAUUUUCAUUUCAACCACCAUGUAUAUCGCAGGUUUUGAAAUUUGAAAUACAACAAACUACCUUGAUAUUCUAAUUCAAAAUAAAAAAAAAAGUUUUUUUCGUUAUCAAAUUAAACCUAGAAUAAAGGAUUAUUACAUAGUUAUACAGAAAAAAAGGAAUUUAAAA